ACCAGUGAGCGGCCGCAGAUCCCGUGCCCUAAGCGCCAACAAGACGCCGGCUGUGAUGAACUUGCCAGGCUGCAGCUCACUAACCACAUCCAUGCCCUUCUCGUGUCUGAAGAGUCUUGUCUCUUCCAGAUUCCAUCCAGGUGGCCCCAGAUACCCAAGCCUUGGGUGUGUUAUUUUUAUCUCAGGUGGAUCCCUCGCGUUAUCCCCGUCAAAACGGCCGAUGCGUCUUGGGGGGUGCAGGCUGGUUGGCCUACGGAACGUGUUGCAAAGAAUGGAAAUUCGCCUUUCUCUCUGCCCUUCUCGUUGACCUGUCACGUCUGCCAUGGCUUCAUCUCUGGUUGGCUCUUAAUCUCUUCGGCAGUAUGAAUAGUAGCUGGUGGCCUCCAAAUACCGUUGGCGACGAGCCGCCAUCCUGGCCAACACCUCAUGCCAGUACCAGCAAUCAGCCAUCUCCCAGCCGUCGAGAACAUGCUCUGCAACCGCCACCUUUGACAACGACUCUGAAUGGUCCGCAGUUUCAUGGACUAGGUGUCGCGCUUGGUGGAAAUUACUCGUCGACCCCUCUGUCAACGACCUCCUUAUCAAGCCCGUUUACGCAAGGCCAGUCUCCUGCAACUAAUACUCCGGGAGGCGUAGGAGUUGGGUCAUCAUCUAUGGCUGCCAGACAGUAUAAUGUCCCUUACAAUCCCCAGGAUUGGGGACCUGUAGGCGGCUCGGGGCAAUCCACUUAUCCGCAAACAAAUAGCAUGACUCGAAUCAUUUCCCAGUCGCGGCAAGCUGGAUCUCAUACAGAUGCUUCUCUUUCGCCUCCGCCGCCGCCAUACUCGCCACCAAGCCAGCCCCAGCAGCAGCAUCAUGCGCGAGAUAAUGCCAAUCAUAAUACAUCAGGCAGAGGCUCAGCAUCUCCAGGGGCGGUAUCUUCGUAUAAUGGAGUACUACAUGGCAAUACUGAUGCCCCCGCGGAGUAUGGACAGCGUCCCAUCCCUCGCACCCGUCCGUUAUCUAUGGUUCAUGUGGGCGACACGGGGCAGAAUAGACAUGUAUCACUUCCGCCACCUCCACCGUUAUCACAAGGGGUGUCAUCUUCCAGAUCAUCGUCUCGACAUAGAGCGGAUGUGUAUCAAGAGCCAAAUUCACUGAACGCAGGAUCAAGGCCCUAUAUUAUGGUUUCUCAACAAGACAAUUUACAUCCAUCUCAGUCAAGUAAUUAUAAUUAUAUGGCGGCCACUACCCAACAGGAUGAUGUCACGCGGCCCCCAACCUCCAGGCGAGCCGUUUCUGCGGGCCCCGUUGUGAAUAGCGCCGGUACGUCCCGGGCUGCAAGCCAGUCUCGGAGUAGCUCACCCCAAGGACGAGGGUGGGAACCUGGCAUGCCUCUUCCACCACCACCCCCAGGCCCUCCUCCUACUACGAGAUCACAGAGUGUCAGUGGCCUGUCCGAUACAACGUCUUUGCGACACUCGCAGGUUCAGCCAAGGAGUAGCAGAACUCGACCACCUCCAGUGCUGGGAACUGGCUUGGACAGUAUUCCCCCGACUCCAGCUGGCUGGGUGGACGAAGGGCCCGCAGUGGCCCGGCAAAGAGACCAAACGCCCCUUGUUAUUGACACGGCGAACAUCACGGGGUCCCGUGUUGGAGCAGAUGGAUCUAGAACUCAUGCGCACCCAAACUCCACAAGCAAUGGCCUGUUUCGCAGUCCGGCUCUUCGAGACCCGAACACUAAAGGAAUUCGGGAGAGGCGAAUCGAGCGCAGGAACAGACAGAGUCAAGUUUUUGAUGACUUCAGCGCAGUAUCGACCAACAGUAACCCGUGGGCCGAUGCCCUGGACCAAGUAAAGCCAUCGAAUCUAGUCCUUGAAGACACGAAUGCUGUUUCUGAUAGUACAAGGAACCAAACAUCUACAAGAGCCACCCCCAAGAGUAGUCAUAGCUUGGGAUCUGAUGGGCAACAUGUUACCUCACGGCCUAGAGCCUCGUCGACUGGAUUGUUUUCGAAUCGAUCUUCUUUUUCGACUCCAAGAGGCGAGCCCAGCCCCGUUGGACCAGCCCGAGGAUUUGCACAUACUCCACCGUUCUCCCCGGGUGGCGAGAAAUCAUUAGGAUACCCCAAGACAGCCUCGCAGGCCUUGCCCCCAAGGGCCCUUCCGACUCCCCCAUUGCAACAUGGGCAAGACACACGGCCACCCUCUCGACCUAGUUCGAGAGAGGACCGACCGGUUUCUCAUUUAUUACACUUGCCUAAUGAUACUCUGGCUACUGUCUCAGCAUUAGCCCCACGCCGAGUACCAUCACAGAAAGGCCCCUCUUUGGAUUCUGUCGUCAACCAGGACAUGGAAUUUGUUCAGAGAGCCGUACAAAGACACAAGGCCUUUAUAGACAAGGAGGCAGACGCUACAGAUGAAGCGGAUGCUCUAAGAAUAUUCACGGAGUUUAUUAUAUCUGAAUCCCAGAUCAGGCGUGAGAGAUAUGCUAAACUAUGGGACUCCGGUUCAUUGGAUAUCGAAACCGUGCGCCAUAGGCUAUUUGAAAAACCUCCAAAGCCACAGGCUUCGCCUGCUCCGCUCUCUAGGCGGCCAUCAAGGGGUGCUCCGAGGCUCGAUAUACCCCAAUCACGUCCCGAAUCUGCUUGGUGGAACAACUAUCAACCUUGCUUGUCCCCGAUAGCGAGCCUUAGUAUGAGCAAUGAUGGAAUGAGCUCCCGAGGACGUGCACCGAGUCGUUGGUGGGAAUCAAAAUCAAGCAGCGAGGGAGGCGAACGAAGAAUUGAACGUUCAAAGCGUGAAUCUAAAUAUAUGGGAUUGCCUCGCGAAUCUCUUCAGUGGCCCCAAGGACGAGAUCCUGCAGAAGGCAGAGAUAUGAGUUAUGCAUCCGAAUCGACAGACCAGUAUGCAGCUUACGGCCCGAAUGAAUACCCGCCCGAGAAGGUGGGCUGGCACGAAGAGCCAGCCUCGUCGGAUUAUUCAAGUACGGUUGGGCACAAUAACUACGGAUAUACCAAGGAAACUCACAAAAUGGAUGUGUCGAGGCUGAUUACUCUGCCACCGCCUUACCCUCGGCACCAUCCGGCCGUCAACAAUAGCCACCCAGAUCUGGUCAACUAUCGUACUCUAGUUCGAUCAAUUAGCGAUCUUUCUGUUGUCAAAUCCACCAGAGAACGGCAUCAAUCGGAUAUGAAGAGCCUGAAGCAAAACCACCAGGAGAGGAUGCAGGAUAGCCGUCGAUGCUUUAAGGCCAAUAUCCAGAGCCAGAUCGAACAGGGUAGCAUUAGUUUUGCAGAAGCCGCGGAGGCGGAGGCUGCGCUGAUUAUGGAAGAGAAUAAGCUUGCGAGGGAGUUGGCAAAACAAGAGCUGGAUGGCUACCAAGAAUCAGUGCUAAAGCCGAUGCAUGCAAUUCUCACUGAACGAAUCAACAAGGCCACUGCUUCCAUUGAUGAAUUACAGAGCAAGUUGUUCGAUGAUGCUCAGAAUGAGACCCCCGACCAGACCCAAGAAGAAGGCGAUGAAAAGCCUGAACUGUUAGAGAAACUCACGCAGCUCAAAUGGCUAUUUGAAGCUCGAGAGCAGUUACAUCGCGAAACAUACGACCUAGUCAGCGACCGAGAUGAAAAGUACAAGACCGUGGUCAUACUGCCUUAUCAGCAGAACGCGAACGAGGAGAAAGUGCGGGAAACGAACAGCUUCUUUGCCAAAGAUGCCUUGAACCGCCGCGUUAACCACGAGGCAAGCGCAUUGGCUCGGCUUGAAUCCUUUUUGAAUGUGGUUGAAGAGAACGUGGUUCGAGGGGUCGAGAUACAGCUGUCCGCCUUCUGGGAUAUUGCACCGUCUCUCCUCACUCUGGUCCAGCAGGUUCCAGUGAGUCUAGCUGGGUUUCAGCUCCAGAUCCCUACGAAUGAGUAUGAGGAAAAUCCAAGUUACCAGAAUCAUCCGUUGCAAUAUCUCUACACUCUUCUUUCGCAUGCGGAAAAAUCUAGCUACCAAUAUAUCGAAUCGCAGACCAACCUCUUUUGCCUCUUACACGAGGUUAAGUCGGCUGUCAUGAGAGCGAAUUGCAAGCUUGUGAUAGCUGAACGGGUCCGAUUGGGAGAGGACGAAGACCAUGUACGGCGGGAAAUGCAAGAGUCCCGCGCGGAUGAGGAGCGGUCUUUGACACAUGAUCUAAAAGAUAAAGUCACUACAGUGGAAGGGCAAUGGACGGAGGCCCUGGGAAGCGCCAUACAAGGCUUACGAGAGCGUGUGAAGGAACAGCUUAUGGAUGAAGCUGGAUGGGAGGAGCUGGAACAAUUGCAGGAGUGAUGAGCGUUGGAUGAAUUGUGUGUGAUGACCAUAUUACCCCGACGAGCCUUGGCUCCAGUCUUUGAUUUGAUUUGCUUUAUGUUGUUCUGUUGAAGAUACCCAAAUUAUUCGUUCGCUACUGUGUUGAUCAAGUACAUACCCAUUUUACUACAGGUCCUUGCUAUCCGUGAUGUAUGUAACUUACUAUGCAACUUCUUAGGGUUGCUUACCAAUUUGUGCAUUCCGCCCACUCUCACGACUAGCGCUCACGUGACCAUGGUUACCUUCUAGAGCUUUCCUUCCGAAUCCUUUUUUUCUCUUUCGCCUUCAACUUCGGUUGAGGGGAUAC